AUGCCCGAAUAUCUCGUCUAUUUCGUGCAUCAGCACUUCGAUUUCCGCUACCCGGAGCUGGACGCUCUGCUGACGAUGCAAAAGCUUCCUGGCGUUGCAAAAACGGUGUUAAUUGACCCCAUCACGGGAAAAUUACCCGUACCCGAGAGUUCACCGCUCGUGCGCGUGCAGCUCCCGUCGGAAAAAGACGCAAAGUUCCUCUCGGAGCGCGGAAUUCUCGUUAAGGGUGUGUACGAAGUGUGGGGCCACACCACAAGUGGCGGUGGCUACGAUGAACUUGUGGCGUCCGUGGAGAGCUAUGAAGGGGUCCAGAAACAAGAGCUAUUCAAGGACGAAGAGCGCUCGUGGCGUAUCAACGUGAGUGUGUUCGGCAAAAAGCUUAGUAUGGACGAGCAGCAGAAGCGACGUGAACGUUUUCGUGAUGUAUUGCCAUUUGCUGGACCAGUGCAGAUGAAGCGUCCCGACGAGACUUUUCUAAUUCUAGAAGAGUUAUAUCUGGACCAGGAUUUAGCUUCGGACGUGAAGCCGAAGCAAAUCUUCUUCCUGCGUGAACUCGCAGGUAGUGAAAAGAAUCGGGGGCGUGGCGGAGCGCGGGACCUUGUCGAUCAACAGACACUGAAGCGCAGGGCUUACAUUGGCCCCACUUCAAUGGAGUCGGAGAUGGCGCUGCUGAUGAGCAACAUGGCUUUAACGCAACGCGGAGAUCUGGUCAUUGACCCGUUCGUAGGAACCGGCAGCGUUCUGAUCCCGUGCGGUACGCACGGCGCCAUUUGCUAUGGCACGGACAUUGAUAUUCGAGUUCUUCUUGGAACUGGUGUUGGUGUUACGGGUGCAGGUGCAGUCCUUACAGAAGAUAUAUCGGAUGGUAAAGCGCGUGUUAAUGUGGUCACGAAUUUUAAACAGUACAGCCUGCCACUCCCAGAGCUCAUUCGGGCUGAUAAUUCCGACUCUCCUCUUGUCGUAAAGUGCCGUGGCUACUUUGAUGCCGUGGUGUGUGAUCCGCCGUACGGAAUUCGCGCCGGUGCUCGCAAGAGUGGACGAAAGCGUCAGGCUAAAGGCGAUGCGAACAGCGCUGUUAAGCAAGACAAUUAUAUUGCGCCCACGCAGCCGUACGCUGCAAAAGAUGUGAUGAAGGACCUUCUAGAGUUUUCCGCUCAGACGCUGCGUGAGGGAGGGCGAUUGGUGUACCUUUUGCCUACGACGUACGAGUAUACCGACGAUGAUCUGCCGCGCCAUUCUUUAUUGCAGGUAGUUGCAAAUUCGGAGCAGAAACUGACCAAAAAGUACGCGAGACGUCUUGUCACGAUGGUUAAGCGUACACCAUCUGCGAGAGAGAUAGAUGCGGCUGUGAGUGCAGCGACAUCUUCCAGGAGUGACCCAAGUUUUGCAAAUUUACGAGAAAAGAUACGUAAGCGGAAGUCCGAAGACGCUGAUGGACCGGAGCUAUAA